UGCGUUUUCUUUUCUCUUCAAUAGCUUUUAAGACAUGUUUUGACUCUGCUGAAGCUAUAUAACUAUUUUCAAUAGCAUAUAAUAGCUUUUUAAUACUUUUUACUACUGUUUAUAAGAAAUGACUGAGAUUAUAGAAAUAUAGUUCUCAGGCGGUAGGCUAAAAAAUAGAACAGCGGAAGCAGUAGUUUAGCGUGCCUGCCGACCAAGUUUGGCUCCGUGCGAGAUUUUCAGUUGUAAGUCAGUCAGUGGGUGUGGUACACGGUACAGAGGAACGGACGGAUUGUGACUCGUGGAUAUGGAAUAAAACUGGAUAGAGCCGUUAUGACCGUGAAGAAAUCUCACCAACUGAAAGAAUUUACGAAAAUACUCAAAACCUAAACAGCCAUGUUAGAGUCAUGAAUGAAGAAAAUGGCAAGCAUGAAUUCAACUUUUUUCUAGAUAAACAAAUACAGCUUAAACUUUUGGAGGCUGAUGAAGAUACUAUUGCAAAGGAGGCAUUAGCUAUCCAAGCUCAGUCGAGCAAAACCAAAGGAAUUAUUAUCCAGAAUUCGUCAUUGGGCCUUCUCCCAACCAGCAAUGCCUCAUCGGCAAAACCCAGUCAAGGUGUUCCCAACAAAUCAUUUAAAGAGUUGCAGAAUUUCCAAAUCUGUGGAUGGAGCUCUAAUCCAACUAUAGUCUACCGGAAACAUGAAAAUGAAGGAACCACUAAGACGAGAGGGAGCCUUACGGCAGCUAGCAGAGACCUUCUUUUAUCACGGGACUCCCGAAGCCGUUCUUCAGGAUAUCCCCAGGACUUUGUGUUCAGGCACUAUGCUGAUCCCAGAAAGUAUAUUGAGCAAUAUAGAAGAGAACAUGUGUGCUAUGAUACUGCCAAUUCAUCUGCUACAAAGAGUGAGUUUUUGGAUUCACGUAGGUUUUAUGCUUAUAACCAGUACUCUCCUCUUGCUGUUGCUACUCAAAACACAUCUUUUCAUCAAAGCAAUUCACUGCCAUCAAACCAGCAAGAAUGUCUUAUUCAAAAUACUGAUCAUCAAAAAGCACAAUACACUCAGUCAGUUUCUAACGCAAAUAAACGAGAAUUACAGAAACAGACAAUUAUUGCAAAUUUGCGAUCAAAUCAACAACAUCAGUAUAAACUUGCAAAUACAAAUCAACAAAAGAUGGACAGUGUACAAUCCAUUGUGUCUGGAUCUGAGACUUCUGAUGGAGCGGAGAGAAAACGAACAGGUUCAGCAAAAGAGAGAUCCACACCAACAGUCAAUGGAAUUUCUGUACACAAAACAGUGGCCACAAAGGUGAAUGUACCCAGUGCAGGAUUUGGUGCUCGUGCAAAUAACAAACCUUCUCUGCCCAGCUCUCCCCUGGACUCUAACAUACCUAAUCAGUUUCACGGCUACAAACUGGGCCAGGCUGCAGGGACUCAAGGCCGUACACUAGACACUUUAGCCUGCGUGGCCAGCCAUAAUGACAAGCAGACUCCUGGGUUCCCGACGCCCGUCGACAGCCAGCCCCCGGAGGGGAGGAUGGCUGCCCACAGGUCACUCAACAGGCGUCAGGUCAAGGUCAGGGCAUGCCAGUUACAGCUGACCUUCUUCCAGCCUGGGGCGUCCGACGCAGACGUAGGGAGCCACCGCGCUUCCGGUUCCGGCACCGCGGGGAACAAACACCCGCCUCCGCUUGCGUCAGCAGCCCCCGGGGCGAGCAUGUUACUACUAGCCUCCCCACCAACCAGCAGCACAGCAACGUCAGCAGCAGCAGCAGCAGCAGGAGACACAGAUGGGGGCAUGGGCGGUCAGCAGCUGGUGUCAAGGGGGAGGGGAAGAGAAGGUGGUGGAGGCAGUAGAGUGGAAGGGGAAGAGAGGAGGGGGACAGGAGGUGGAACAGGCUGUAGAGGAGAAGGGGAGGUGGAUGGGGAGGGGAUUCCUGGUAUGUCAUCUCUAGGGAUCACAACCCUCUCCUGGUUGGGCAACAGCAACAAGAAUAGCAGCAGCAGCAGCAACAACAACAACAACAGUAAUAACAGUGACAACGGCGGCUUCCACAACAACAAUAAUAUGGACACCAAUAACAUUACCGUUAACAAAUGUCGUGUCCAUCCUGUGACUAUCAACAAUGGUCGUAGACGUAACGGAAGGGUGUGGGUGGGUGCGGGUGGUGGGGGUGGGUAUCGGCGGGGCGGGGGCGGGGAGGAGGAACGUUCCUCUCUGGCUCACAAACGGCGGAUCAAACACCUGAUAGAACAGUCUCGGCUCCGGAGUCGCUUCGGGAAACUGCUGGGACGGGGGAAGGAACUGGGCAGUAUUGACCAGUGGGAUUCUGGGGAGGGUGUGUUCGUAGAUCAAACGUCCAGUGAGGAUUUACACAAAGACGUGUAUCUGGAUCCUACAUACAGCAUACCAGCUGCAGAGGUUGACCCCAAUGAAACCGGGCGAGGUCCGUUUCCUAGCAACGGUUUUCUGUCUGAGAACUGGGGCGAAGAAGACGAAGAGGGCGGUGUGGCAAGUAGAAGUCAGGAAAAGCUGGUAGUAAAGGAAUACCAGAUGUGUGGAGAUGGAAGUGUCCGUGAGGUUAGAACUCCAAUCUCUCACGUUGAUAGCACUGUGCUGGCUGCACGAGGGGGGUUUUCACCACCAGGGAAGUCUGUCAAAAGGAGGGAUGUCCAUGGGGGGAGGGGAGGGGCCAGUAGGCAGGGAGAAGAGGUUGUUGACAGUGAUGAAGACCAAUGGGAGAGCUCCCCCCUCACCCCUCGUCUGCCAUCUACGUACAGAGAUGAUGACGUGAUCACUGCAGACGAGGAGAAGGAGGAGAGUCUUGUGGACAGGUUUUGGCCAGGUACUAGUCAGCUGUCCAGGUCCUCUGUUUCGCAGCGAUACAUGGACAAACUGGCAGAACAACUGGCAGCGACAGUCAAGAUCUCUGUGCCCAAACUCCGAUACUCCAAGGUAGGCGGUGUGGGGAGGUCACAGAGCAUGCACUUUUAGUGAUGUAAAUAUUGUCAGCGCAUACACUUCUACAGACCUGUUUUUUUUAAACUGAAGAUGGUAGGGAGGGGGGGGGGGACUUCAGUUUCAGCUUUGUUUAUUCCUGUUUGGAAUUUGAUUAUCAGUGGCAAGUGUAUGCACAUAUAAAUACAACAUUCAAUCAUUUAUCAAUAUCACAUGAUACACACUGUCACUCAUCAAAUGCAGAUGAUCAAUAUGCUAUUGCUGGUUGCCGCUGUUUGUGUCUGUUAUUAAAACUAUAGCUCUAUAGCUAGGGUCAUAUUGUCUUGCUCAUGGACACACCCCUCUGAUGACUGACCAUCCAUCUAAAUGCUGUGUCACUGACACAAAUACUUGACAUUAUUGUGGGCCUGAUUUCACGGAUCACUUGGCCUUCGGAGGGAGACCCCUGGCUUGCUGUGGUGAUCAUUUGAUGAAGAGUGGGGGAAAUGAACAAAGAGUUGAGGCUGCUACACAAUUUGUUUCAUGUUUAAAGUCUUUGAAUACAUAUAGGCCUAUAUUCUAGUGUGCCUUCUUGAUGUGAUAUAUCUCCAGUACAGGAAUUAAAGACAUAAAAUUUUUGCUUCACACUUGUGACAUUUAUGAGAAGAGAGAAUAUAAGAUAUGCUACAUGUGUGGAGUCUGGGAGAGGAGGGUUUGACAGGUUGGGAGG